AUGGGCCAAUGCUUCUCACGCUUGUACCGGAAGCAUAGUAUAUUUGCGGGGGUAGCACCCAGAGCCUUCCCGACGGCACGAAAAUAUCAGCGCCAGCUUGAACACACAGACGCAGAUUCCGCCCGUGCACAAUCGGAAGAGCAGUUCGACACUCGGGCCACCAGCAAUGGAACUCUACAUGCGAACCCGCAAUCUGUCGAUAUCGACACGAUCAGAGACGACAUCUUCGAUGUACUAAAGGCCGGAAUGGUUGGCAAGAAAAGCGAGGAAAUUAUACUUCCCGAAGUUGUUAGCAAGAUAUGGGCGCAAAACCAUCACCGCAAGUUCUACAUCAGUCAAACAUGGUAUGACCCGGAGUGGGACAGGACCAAUUUCAUGGAUGAGAUGAUACAGAUCAUGUCAAUUUUGAUCUGCAUCAAUUUCCGCCAUUGGGACCGGUUUGGCGCAAUUUUCGUCGGGCACAGGGAUCGACGGGAUCAAAACCUUCCUUUUCACUUGAAAACACUGCAGCAAGAGGGCUUCUUGGGAAGAUCUGAGGGGGCGAUGUUCCACGAGAACCAGUUCGCGUUUUGUCCUAUUCCAAUCCCAGAGCAAGAGGAUGAAUUUGUACUGAACAACGAAGAGCGGCUUCCCUGGAUCGACGAACCAAAAUUGAUAGGGGAAGGCGGCUUCGGACAAGUCAACAAGCGAACAGUCGCGAAGGGAUUUUUGCGCUUUCAAGAUCGCACCACCAAUGUGGAACCCAGAGCUGUUGCUGUCAAGACAUUAUCCGGAAAGGAUGCACAGCAAGGAGAGUUCAACAACUUGAAGGAGCUACGUCAAUGCCUUAGUGAUAAUACACGGAUCAUGGUCAAUCUCGUUACGAUGGUCGAAAAGUCAGACCGGAAUGACAUUUAUCACAUUGUUUACGAACUGGCCGCGUACGACCUCAAUGUAUUUCUGACCAAGAUGCGCCACAGACUGAGAAAGAAACGUCACGCGACAGCCACACCAGAAAGAACAGGUUCCGCCAACAUGUGGCCUGGCGAUCUGAUUUCAGAAAGCGUCAAUCUCGCCGACGCAUUGGACUACCUGCAUAACCGGCUUUACUCCACCAAGCUACAUUCGUCGCUCUCCCAUAACGACAUCAAACCAGAGAACAUCCUAGUGGUCUAUCCUGAAACAACCACUAAGAAUGAACUAUACCCUGUGGGACAGUGGAAACUCGCUGACUUCGGGCUCGCGGUGAUCAAAAUCAAGAGAUUACCUGAGGGCCCCAGCAAAUACUUGGGUGCAAACAACACUUUGUUGGUUCCUUCACACUCACAGAAGACGCACAGAACCGAGAGACAGAAAUCUGUGUCCAACGCCGUACCCGAGAGAGAUCCGGGUAUGUACACGGCACCGGAAUUGGAGCAGGAGACUCCACAAAAAGCGGACUGUAGGAGUGCGGAUGUAUGGUCUUUUGGAUGCGUCCUUUCCGAGAUCGUCACCUACGCUGUCAAUCUAGACCAUCAUCAUGUCAAAUCCUUCCGCAAGUCACUCGAAAAGAGCAUCCCGGCGGACCCCAAGUUUUAUAAUCAAACUUCCAAGGAUGUCAAGCCUGAGUUCAUCAAGCAUCUUUCCAGCCUACCGGACACUGCUCAGAAAGCGACGCGUAUCCCGGCAGACGUUAUAUGGACGACACAGUGCGUCGAUCUGAUCAAAAGGAUUGUAGUCAAGGAGCCCGGCAAUCGACUCGACCCAAGCGACAUCCGACUAGGGCUUAGCCAGAUCGCGCAUUCUAUGCACUCCGGGAGAGAAGAAUGGCUAAUCCAUAGCUUACCUCCGCCACUAAAUGAUACCGAGUAUCACCAUUCAUCCAGUGGAACAUACAAGCUCAGACCCUACAAGGGCUCCACAUCUGAAAGAGAACGAGAAACGGAGAGCGUCGGCGCCUAG